AUGUCAACAACACCAAAAGCAACAGAUUUAAAUGCAGGUUCACAGGGCGUAGUACCAACAAGUAAAGCAUCACACUCAAAUGAAAAUGAAAAUACUCGUUAUGAAACAGUUGAACGCGGUCAAUUACAUACAGCUAAUUAUCGUUGCUAUUUGCGAGAUGUUCAAACAAAAUUAAUAGUAUCACCAUUUCAUGACAUUCCACUUGUCAAUGAACAAUAUUCGUCGUCCACUAGAAAUCAAGAAAUAAAAAUUUAUAAUAUGGUCGUAGAAGUACCACGUUGGACAAAUGCUAAGAUGGAAAUAAAUAAACAAUUAAAAAUGAAUCCACUUGUACAAGAUAUUAAAAAUGGUAAACCUCGUUUUGUUCAUAAUGUGUUUCCUUAUCAUGGUUACUUAUGGAAUUAUGGUGCUUUACCUCAAACAUGGGAAGAUCCAAAUCAUAUAGAUGCAGAUACAAAAACAAUUGGCGACAAUGAUCCAUUAGAUGUUUGUGAAAUAGGUACUAGUCUUCAUCGAACUGGUUCAAUUGUACCUGUAAAAAUUGUUGGUGUACUUGGUUUAAUUGAUGAAGGUGAAACAGAUUGGAAAUUAAUAGGUAUUGAUGUUCGUGAUAAACUUGCAUCGAAAAUUAAUGAUAUUAAUGAUGUCGAAACAAAUCUUCCAGGUUUACUCGAAGCAACACGUCGCUGGUUUAAAUAUUAUAAAGUUCCAACUGGAAAACCUCCAAAUAAAUUUGCACUUGAUGAAAAAUAUGGUGAUCGAGCAUAUGCAAAACGUGUUAUUAACGAAACAAGAACAUAUUGGGAGAAAUUAGCAAGUGGUGAAACAAAAGUUGAAGAAAAAGUUUGCUCAAUUGCUAAUACAACACUAAAUAAUCAUGUCACAAUGAAAAAAGACGAUGCAGAAAAACUUGUUGAAGCUGAUGAAAAUUAUCACAAAGAACCAGCGCAAGUUGAUUCAAGUGUUCAUCAACUUGCAUAUGUUCGAGAUGAAGAAGAAUGUGCGACAAAAGAAAAAAGUUUUAAAGCCAAAUAA